UGGCGAGUGCCUUCUUGCUGAUUUCCGUUUGGCUGCUGAAGGCAGAAGAGCGCCGAAGCCCUGCUUGCCGCCGGGGUGCUGGAGUGGGUGCUGAGUUGCUUGCUGCUGCGCCCCAAGCACUUAGAAGAGGAUCCCUACAUCCUCGAGUGCAGCCUUGGACUGCUGGCCAACCUGUGUUUGAGGGCGGGCGGACGGCUGAGGAUGGCGCGCAAUUCGGCUAGGGUCGCCAAGCUCGUUGAAUGCCUGCUGACGGGCUCUCUCCGAACCCCGUCAAAGAUGCACGUUUAUGUGUUUGGCGUGGUACAUGCAGCCUUGGACACUCCUGCGGUGCGGAAGAAAUUGAAGAUCGCCCGCGUCGAGGCCUGCCUGCGCAGCUGGCACACCAUCUACAAU